CGCGGGCCGUGAGGCGGCGGGGCGGUCGCGGGGCGGCGGGCAGAGCCCGGCGGGCGCCGGCCCGGGCGGGGGCGCGUGUGCGCGUGGCGGCGAGGGGCGUGAAGCGCCCGGCCCCGGCCGCGGCGUCGGCCGCCUCGGGCAAUGCGCGGCGCUCGCUGAGCAGCGGAGGACGCGGCUGCCGCCUCUCGCCGCGGGCAUGAGCGCCUCGGCGGCCACCGGCGUCUUCGUGCUCUCGCUCACCGCCAUCCCCGUCACGUACCUCUUCAACUGCCUGGCGGCCGGCGGCAGUUCCUGGGCCAUUGUUGCAGCUGGAUUACUGGUCCUGACUUUUAUUGCUCUGUUGGCUCGUGUUCUUGUCAAGAGAAAACCACCGAAAGACCCACUGUUUUAUGUUUAUGCUGUAUUUGCCUUUACCAGUGUAGUCAAUCUUAUAAUUGGACUGGAACAGGAUGGAAUUAUUGAUGGAUUCAUGACCCAUUACUUGAGAGAGGGUGAACCAUAUCUGAACACAGCGUAUGGCCAUGUGAUCUGCUAUUGGGAUGGCUCAGCUCAUUAUCUGAUGUAUCUCUUGAUGGUGGCAGCUAUUGCAUGGGAACAAAGUUAUAGAACCAUUGGCCUCUACUGGUUAGGUUCAAUUGUCAUGAGCAUCAUUGUCUUUAUGCCUGGAAACAUUGUGGGAAAAUACGGAACAAGAAUGUGUCCUGCUUUUUUCUUAAGUGUACCAUACAUUUGCCUUCCCAUAUGGGCUGGGUUCCGAAUCUAUAAUCAACCUUCAGUGACUCAUGAUACUCCAGUCAAGGUGGUUCAGGAAGUCCAGAGGAAAGGACUCUUAAGACGACCAGUAGAUUUAAUCUUAGCUGCAUACCUCAUUUUAGCAACGGGUUUUUGCAUAUUUAGGGGCAUGAUUGCUCUGGAUUGCCCUGCUGAACUCUGCCGGCUAUAUAUCCAACUUCACGAGCCUUAUAUAAAAGAUCCUGCUGCCUAUCCUAAGCUUCAGAUGCUGGCAUACAUGUUCUACUCUGUGCCAUAUUAUGUGAUUGCACUAUAUGGCCUACUGGUGCCUGGUUGUUCCUGGAUGCCCGAUUUAACCCUUAUACAUGCUGGAGGACUAGCUCAGAGUGACUGCCUGUCUGCUCCCUGUUGAUGCCAAACACAACAUUCCAGAUAGGUGGGUGCGAGUCCUACCCCCACUGCUGUGCUGAGGCUGAGGAGUGCAGGGCUCUGCACUGAUGCACGCUUCCCUGGCCAUUUCCCUGGGGAAGAAUCAGGGACCCUGUUGCAUGAAUUAUCAUCCAUUAGCCAAGGAUGAAAUCCUACACAUGGUGUUACAUCAAGCUAUGAAUGACUGUAGUUCAGACUGUAUUUUUUUACUGCUGUGCAAAAGUGUGACAGGUAAUUCAGGAAUAAAAGGGUUGGCUUGGAAAAUGUCACUGGAGAUGCAGGAGUGCAGAUUAUGCUGUCUUUCCAAAAUAUACAUCAAUUUUACCCUUUUUUAAUAUAUAUGUUAUAUACACACCACAGGCUCAGUUUUCCCAUAUUGGUGCUUCUCUUCAUGCUCGAACUCCUUACAUCUACAGAGUCCCUGAAGAGGCAAAACAGUUUUUCCUGAUACUGAACAUAAUGUAUGGGAUUCUUCCCCAGCUGUUGGCUUACAGGUGUGUCAACAAGCCA